CUCUUCAAUGCCAUCACAGUGCACUUGUGGAGUAAAGAUUGUGACAUGAUUUUGUAGGCUGAGGUAUUGAUUAAUGAUUUCCUCCACGAUCGUCAGAGAACUUCGCAGCAAGUGACAACCGCAGCCACCAUGGCAGCAUACAGAGGAUUCAUGCUGCUCCUCAAAUUAGCUGGAUUCAUGUUUUUCAGCGUGUUGUGCUUUUACCAAUGGGACAUGUCACAGGAUAAGAGAGCGGAGAGAAUCCGUCAGCUGCAGGAACAGAGAAAGCAGCUGCUAAGAGAAAUGUGUGAUGGUGACGAAGGGGUCUUUCCUGAGGGGAGGCAGAGUUUAGAAGAUUUGAGUGACAAUGAGCUGAAGCACCUCAUUGUGGAUGACAAUCACGGCAUCAUCUACUGUUACAUUCCCAAGGUGGCGUGCACCAACUGGAAGAGGGUUAUGUUUGUCCUUAACAUGAGCGCGCCCUAUCAGGACCCCAUGUCCAUAUCUGGUGACGUGGUCCACCUCCCCAAAACGUUCACGCAGCUAAACAGUUUCCCAAGACAAGAGAUGAAGGUGAAGCUGAAGCACUACACCAAGUUCCUGUUUGUCCGGGACCCAUUCGUCCGUCUCAUCUCCGCCUACCGAAACAAGAUCCAGCGGCACAAUGAGUACUUCUAUCAACACUUUGGUCGGGACAUUCUGCGCCUGUACGCUAACCAGUCUGAUCCACCAGAGACAGAGGACGAGGCUUUUGCUUCUGGCAUACGCCCAUCAUUUUACAACUUUAUUCAGUACCUGCUGGACCCACAGACAGAAAAGGAAGUCCCCUUCGAACCCCACUGGAGGCAGAUGCACCGUCUGUGCCAUCCCUGCCUCAUACAGUAUGAUUUUGUUGGCCAUCAGGAGACUCUCCAGCAGGACGCUGAACAGCUGCUGAAGAUGUUGAAGCUAGAGGACGACAUCAAGUUCCCUCCUUCCUAUGAAAACAUGACUUCCUCUGCUUCUAUGUUGGACUGGUUCAGCACAGUGCCCCUAGAGGCCAGGAGGAAGCUGUACGAGCUCUAUGAGAUGGACUUCAAGCUCUUUGGCUACAGAAAGCCUUCUGAACUGCUUGAUGGUUGAGAUGACGGCAUGAUUUGGACUCCACUCUUCCCCAUACAGCCGAGGGGCAUUAAAGCCACAGUAUUUAAGAACAAUUACUAGGAUCUUAUACAGAUAAAUUAUGACAUGGAAAUGACCACUAUUUUACGAAUUGCCUUUCCCAAAAACAGGCAUGUAUGCACUGAGAUACAGCUCACUUUUCCCCCCACUGAUAGGGUGAUGAACUUCACUUGUUUGUGAAAAUAGUUGGUGUAAAGUAUCAUAUGAAUAUUUCUAUUUUUUUUUUUAUUUCACACGAGGGUUUCAAUACGUGCAUGUUUCCACACUGUCAAAGGUCAAAGUUCUAUGAUUAAAUGCACUUUCCUAUUCUGUUACAUGUAGUAAAUAAAUUUCACUUUGAAAUGUGCAGGCAGGAGCUAGGUGGCUUUUAUUAUUUACAAGUAUUCGAGUAAACGUAUGCAGACACAUACUCUCUCUCACCAUACGCUCACACAAGAUGCAAAAAGCUGCAUUAUUCAGCAGGAUUGCACAAAAAGUAAAAUAUUUUCGUUUUUCAUCCCACUCACCAUUAUAAUUUUACCUCAGAUAGAAAGACGACUUCAAGGACAAUUGAAGAUGAGGCUGACGAUUAGCUCUUAAGAGAAAUUGAUUGCUCCUUUGUCUUCCCUUUAAGUGACUGGAGCAAGGAGAACACACUCUUGACCAUUCAUCAACUUCUUAACACAUCAGUCGGAGGGCAAAAGGAGCACUUCACUAAUCAAAUAUUUGGUGUCAAAUAAAAAAUGCUCUUCCUCAUUCCGAAAAGACAGUAAUCCAAGUUGCACUUCAAAACAUGAAUCAGAGGCCUCUGGUUGAACAAUUAAACCUUAAUAAAUGUGAGUGUUGUUUCCAGUUGGUUUACAUCAGCUGCAUGGAGUGAGGUCCGAAAUAUUCUGAGUGCUGAGUGAACUAGAAUCCCAUUUUAUGGUUGUAUGCCUCUGUGUGCCAGAUCAGUUGCACUUACAUCAGUUUCAAGAUGGGCACACAAGAUGAGUGUCACUAAUUCAGUAUCUAACCACAUGUAACCUCUUCUGUUCCUGAGAUAUGAUGUCGAGUCAUGGCCAGAAACAUAUUUUUGUAGAACAUUAUGAUGUUCCAGUGAGGUUGACCUUUGACCUUUUGGAUAUAAAAUGACACAAGUCAUCAUUUUAUUGUAUUAGAAAGAAGAAAUGUGUGAAAUUUUGUCGAAAUCAGUGUAUGAAUUCUUGAGUUAUGGCCAAAAACAUUUUUUGUAAGGUCACAGUGACCUUUGACCUAUGACCACCAAAAUCUAAAUAUUUCAUUGUUGAGUCCAAGUGGAUGAUUGUGCCAAAUUUGAAGAAAUUUCCUAAAGGUGUUCUUGAGAUAUCGAGUUCACAAGGAUGGGACACAUGGAUGUAUGGACAAAAUCUAAAACAAAUUAAAUCUAUAUUAAGACUUUGACAUACAUUUUUUUAUUUGAAAAUUAGCGUAGCAUUGAGAAGUUGGUAACCAGGCUAGCUGUUUUCAUCAUAUUUACCACACAGGUAGGUUUUAAUCUUGACAUCUAAUCUCAUUUUGGCAACAGAGUGUAUUCUAUGUAACUAUUCCUGUCACAGCUGUUUAGUUACACACGUGGGC